GAAUUACCAAACUUCAUGUUAUGGAGAAAUGCGAGCUGUUACGUACUUAGUUAAUUCGUACCUCACAUAAGCCGUUUCGUACCUUGGUUAAUUUAAAGAAAACAAGAGAACUUUUACAUGCACUUAAUGUAGCUAAGUCGCUAAUAAUUGGGACCUAGAAAUUGACACAAAUGGGUCGCAACGCAUACAAUAAUGAAAAGUACGAAUCAAUCUGCGGUACGAAUGAACUAAGUACGAAACAGCCAGGGUACGAAACAGCCUGCACCCUUAAGGAGGUAUACCGAGAAAAAAAAGCUCAAUUGAAAGAUUUGAUUGCUAGUAAGCGACCAUGAAGACGAAUAUACAUCAGACAGUUUUAAAUCAGCUGAAACAACUACUGCGUGUUAAAGAUACCCUGUUCACACUAAACAGAUCAGCUGGUUCAUAUAAACAGAGAAUAUUAAAAAGAGAGGACAUCAAGGAGGAGAUAACUCAGUAUAUAGGAGAGAACGCGAAACAAGCCCAGCGAGUAUAUGUAUGGGGUUGUGCUGCUACUGGCGCUUUAGGUAUAGCUAAAUUUCUACGACCAGAAAAAGGUCAUCGACCUCUUAUGCAGGUUAAAACUCCAUCGAGAAUGAAAUCGAUGAAUGAAAAUAACAUGAAGGUAUAUGAUGUUAGCUGUGGUUAUGGUUUUACUGUUUAUGCUGUGAAGAAAGGCAAUAAGCAUUCUAUACUGGGUACUGGAAUAAACACAGAUUCACAGAUUGGUUAUCACGAACAACCCAGAAAUUCAGGCAGAAUAUUAGACUAUGUCAUAGGACCUACACAGAUUUAUCUCCCCUUGAAAGAUCCAGAUACCACCAGGGUGAGCAGUAUGUCAUGUGGUAGAGCACAUACAGUUAUUGUUACUGAGGGAGAGGGAGUGUAUAGUUUAGGUAAUAAUGCUUAUGGUCAGUGUGGUAGGUCUAUAGUACCAGAAGAAGUAUUUAGAAAGAAUCCAAGAGUAAAUGUUUUAACUGAUUUACCAGAUAAUAUAGUCAAGGUAGAAUGUGGACAGGACCAUACCAUGUUUUUAACGGAAGAAGGACAUGUGUAUAGUUGUGGACUAGGUGCAGAUGGACAAACAGGUUUAGGCCAUUAUAAUAAUAUUGAUAAACCAACAAGGUUAAAGGGUGAUAUAGAAGGAGAAAAGAUAGUGUCUAUAUCCAGUAAAGGUGAUUGUGUUCUAGGUAUAUCAGAAAAUGGUGAAGUAUUUGGAUGGGGUAACUCUGAAUAUAAUCAGUUGUCAAUGGUAACCGAGGAGACACAAGUCAACAUUCCCCGUCAUCUACCAAUUACAAAGUAUUGUGGAAAGAUUAUCAAGGCUGUUGCUGGGGGUUCAGUUUGCGCGAUUUUAAAUAGUAAAAAUGAAGUAUAUGUUUGGGGCUAUGGUAUUCUGGGUAAAGGACCAAAGUUGGACAUGUGUAUGGAACCUUCCAAAUUACCCCAAGCCUUAUUUGGGCAGAACGAACUACAGCCGGAGGUCAAAGUUCUUGACAUCGUUUGUGGGUUGGGUCAUUUUGUUGCAUUAACAGAUAAGGGGGAUAUAUUUUCAUGGGGUAAAAAUAAAUAUGGUUGUAUUGGUCUUGGUAAGGAAACUGAUCAGUUUUUUCCACUAAAGGUAUCUUUACCAGCUGAAGCAGUGUCUGUAUAUUGUGGAGUAGAUCAUACUGUGGCUCUAGCUAAAUCAUUCUGUUAAUUACAUUCUCCAAUAUGAUAAUGAAAACUCUGACAUUUUAGAAAAGCAUAUGACAUUAUAAUGAAAAAUGUUAUGGUUAAAAAAUUUUAUAGUGAUAUCAUUAACUGUAUAGUGAAAUUUAAUAAAGCAACCCUAAUGCUAAGAUUAUUAUUA